GAGAAAGAUUUGGCAAUUGUUUACGUAUAUCUAUCAUUUUGUUUUCUUUGUAAAUUGCUUGACUUUUCUUUUUUGUCAAAUGUGCAGGACAGACAACAAACCAAAUCGUCGUUACUAUUUUUAGUGAAAUUGAAAAAAAAACUUUGUUUUCUCGAUUCAAAGUGUAUUUUAUUCAAUAAUAUCGCUCCUGUUCAUCACACUACGCUCAACGGCCAAAUAUACUUCAAGAAUUCAGGCAUAAUACAUUUUGAAUUGAGGUACAAGCUUUCGAACAGACAAACACUCACUUACACUCACACACACACACACAGAUACACACAUGCAAUGGCACGCGAACAGCAUCAUAAACACACAAUAUUGUCCAAUUAAAGAAAAUUUCUUUCACUGUGCUCGUGCAUGAAACGCUAGCACUCUAUAGUUUUUCGCAUUUAAAAUACACACUCUAUAUACGCAGUAUAAAAGUUAUAUAGAACAAAGGUUUAGGCUAAUGAAAAAGAAAAGCAAAGCAAAGCAAAAUAAUAUUGAAUGUGUUGUUCAAAACUUUGCUGGUGGUUAAAUGUUCGAACGAGUCAGUAGUUGUUGUGUUUUUUUUUCUCCAUAGAAAAAAAAUUCCACUAAUAAUUGUGUGCAGAAUUCUUCCGUGAAAAUAAGAAGUGAUUUAUUUUUUUUUUCAUUUGAGAUAAACAAAAAUUAAAAAUUGAAAUAAAAAUAUUUGUUGUUGUUAUUGUUGAACUGCGUGAAUUUUACGGGGGGGACAAAAUAUUUUUUUUUAAUUUUGUUUUUUAAUCAAUAAAUAAAAAGCGUCGCAACGAAAGUUGAGCCAAAAUGAACAAAAAUUUGGAAAAUAUUUGUCGUGUGUGUUUGAACAGUGCAUCUCGAAAUAUUUUCGAGAAAUCGUCUGCAUCGAAUGAUUCUCAAUUCUCGAUCCCUGCAAUUGGUGAAAAUGUUUCGUCGUUAGAUCGUUUGGUCGAAAAACUUCGAUAUGUUACAAUGCUAAAAGUGGACGAAUGUGAAAAUCUACCGAAGAAUAUGUGCGAUUCGUGCAUCAUUCAAUUGAAUGUUGCGUACAAUUUAAAGAAAAAUGCAAUUCAAUCGGACAUGAAAUUGAGACAAUAUAUGAUUGAGUUUGGAAUAAAUGUCACGUCAUAUACAACAUGCAGCAUAAAUACAGUGUCGGUCAUUCAUCCACCAGCUAUGAUUAUGCCAGCAACAACAACGUCUGAAUCGGUGACGAUAACAACGGCAAAAUCAACAACAGUUGCACCACAACAGGGACCACCACCACCAGCAGCAGCAGCAGUACAGCCUCAGCCACAUCAGCUACCGCAACAACAUCGAACAUUUCCCGUGAUGCCAGUUAUCAUUAAGGAAGAGCCCGUCGACUAUGAAGCUAUGUCCGAUAUUACAGUGGAAACAAACACCGAAGCAUUCGAAGAUCAAAUGCGACACCAGAGAAACCAGGGCAAUCGAACAAAUGGAAAUCAGAGUGCGGCCAGCACAAGCUCAUCGAGCAACAAAUCGGUUACACCGUUGCCAGUUCACAAUGGAGUUCAUUCCAUGGUGUCUGUUAACACUAAAUCGCUAAUGUUGUCACCACAAGCUUCAUCCGACCGUGAAUUUCUAAGUGCUUACAUGUUGACGACACCGUCGGCGAAUGUUGAGCAAGCGAAAAAAACGACAACACAACCGAAACCACCGGCGACCAAGCAAAAGAGCCCGGAGACGCUAUCAAAAGCAGCACCAAAAUCAAAACGGCCAAACGAGUCACCACCUCAGAAUGCCAACAAAGCACCCGUUAAACGUAAUAGACGAUGCGAACUUGACAACCUUAACGACGACAGUACGAUUCGGAUGAUAAAAGCGACAAAGCUGGAGAACAACAGCCCACGACGGCAAACCAGACAACAACUUCGUGAAACACAUGAUAAUGAAAAUAAACGGCCACCGUCACGUUCUAGAAGUGGAACAAAAACCGAUUACAAAUCAUUUUUCACGUCACGAAGUGCAACGCCGGUAACAAACGGUACACCAACGAAACUGAGGCGUCGCAUGAGCAUUGACGGUGCGGUCAAGCGAAAAGGUCGAUCACCAAUCAACAUCCGAACGCCAAGCAAAAACAAACACAUGGCGGCGAUCGUACGCAAAAGGCGCAGUUCGAUGGCUCACAAUCGAACGAGCAUUUGAAAGUUCUGUAGCUGUUGUUCUCAUUCCGAUGAACCAAUAUUGAAACGAAUACGAAGACGCAAAAAGUACAUAAUUUAGAGGAUAAAAACUGGAAGAAGAAAAAACACACACACACUAAUUUAUGAAAGAAACUAUCAAGAGGAAGAAGAAAAAGAACGGAUACGUUUGCAACGCAUGCAAAUGAACUAUGUAAACCCAUAUAGCUAGUAAUCCAUGUAGCUAUUGCUGAAGGAACACUCACUUAACGAGCACAAGUUACAACAAACAAUAUGAUCAAAAUACACACAGCAAAUCCUAAGUUUUAAACCAUAACCUCCCGUAGCCAAUAAAAACAGCAUGAGAUCUUUAUGUACAGCUAUACGUACAAUAAACAGAAGAUCAGCACCUAAUUUAAUUUAAUUUAAAAAAGAAAAACAAGCUAAUCUGAAAUGAUCAAACAUUGAUAAUUAUCAAACGAACGGAAAAUACUCUAGUAAAAAUGAGCUAAAAUGGAAUGGAAACUGUGUGUGCAUAAGCGAGGCACAGAAGGAGAGGAAAUGAAUAUUAUCAGUAAAUAAUGAAUGAAACGUCAAGUUUUCCAAUGAAUGGCCAAUUUUAAGAAGAAGAAAAAAAAACGGGCUUUUGAAUGUUAAGCACACAGUCCAAACGAAAGAGAAAAAGCUUCCCCCAAUUUUAAUUUUAUAACAAACGGAAAUUAUAUGAAAUUGUUUACAGUUCAAAUAUAUAUACGGUAGUUAUAAUUUUAGUUUAGUUGCAUAAAUGAAAGAAAAAAAUGCGCAUUGGUACUUUGUUCGAAUCCACAAACGCCAAAAUCAAGUUGAGAGAAAAUAUUUUAUUGAAAUUUUGUUCAAUUUGUUGUAACCACAUGCGCCCGAUCAGUAUACAAAUUCACUCUCUCAAUCCUUGCACGUAGACACACCACAAACCGAUGAUGAUGAUGUACCUAAAUUUAAUGAUGGAAUAAAGUCGCAAUACCCGAACGAAACUGUUGCACUUAUGUCAAUAAUCAA